UUCACCAUUCAACCUCUCUCUCUUUCUCUUUCUCAUCUUCUCUUAUGGAAGACGAAGAAAAACAAGCAUUAGCCGGUUUAAGCUCCGUUCCCCCUCCCCGCAAAAUCCACUCCUACAGCCAUCAGAGCCGCGCCUCCUCUACCCCCAUUCCCCGCCCUCGUUUGCGUAAACACAGCCUUGAAUCCCUCCCCAACACCACCAUUGCUGACCACUUCUACGACUCCUCUGACGACGAGUUUUCCCUUAUUAAAACCACCUCCUCCAGUAGUGUCAAAGAAGAUUAUGUUAACUUGAAUGUCGAAGGAAAUGCUAAUGACCAAAACGGACCCUUCCAGCCUUUGCCUGAGUUCAUCGGCAGUGGCGGUGGCACCGGAAUUUUUAAAGUACCUAUCCGUGCCUCAGUUCACCCCGGCCGCCCGCCGUGUCUGGAGUUGAGGCCUCACCCUUUGAGGGAGACUCAGGGAGGGAAGUUUUUGAGGAACAUAGCAUGUACAGGAAGGCAGCUAUGGGCGGGUCAAGAGAGUGGGGUGAGGUUUUGGAACUUGGACGAUACGUAUGAGCGCGGACAUGGGUUGGGGCUAAGAGUGAGGAGGGGAGAUGAGGAUGCAGCGCCGUUUCAUGAGUCAGUGCCCACUUCACCAACAACUUGUUUGAUGGUGGAUAGUGGGAACGGGUUGGUUUGGACGGGGCAUAAAGAUGGGAAGAUUAAGUCAUGGAAGAUGGACCAGCCUGCGGACGAUUAUAGUCCCUUUAAGGAAGGCUUGGGUUGGCAGGCUCAUCGUGGUCCUGUUCUUUCUAUGAUUUUCAGCUCUCAUGGUGAUUUGUGGUCAGGUGGAGAAGGUGGAGUUAUAAAGAUCUGGCCAUGGGAAUCCAUUGAAAAAUCUCUUUCUCUUAAACCAGAGGAAAGGCACAUGGCUGCUCUAUUAGUGGAGAGGUCAUUCAUUGAUCUCAGGGCCCAAGUCACUGUAAAUGGUACAUGUAGUAUAUCUUCUGCAGAUGUCAAGUGCUUGUUAUCGGACCAUGUCAAAGCUAGAGUAUGGUGUGCUCAGCCGCUUACCUUUUCAAUCUGGGAUGCCCGUUCAAAGGAGCUUCUGAAAGUUUUUAAUAUUGAAGGUCAGAUUGAGAAUCGAGUUGAAAUACAAUCAGUUCAAGAUCAACCUAUGGAAGAUGAGAUGAAGGUUAAAUCUGUUUCAUCAUCGAAAAAGGAGAAAUCUCAAGGCAAUAGCUUUUUGCAACGAUCACGCAAUGCUAUAAUGGGAGCAGCAGAUGCUGUUCGCCGAGUUGCAACCAGGAGUGCAGGGGCAUUCGUAGAUGAUACAUCCAAGAGAACAGAGGCAAUAGUGCAAACUGCAGAUGGAAUGAUUUGGACUGGAUGUACAACUGGCCUACUUGUGCAGUGGGAUGGAAAUGGGAAUCGUAUGCUUGAUGUUACUCAUCAUUCUUGUCCUGUCCAAUGUUUCUGCACUUUUGGGACAAGAACAUACGUGGGAUAUGUUAGUGGUGUGAUGCAAAUAUUGGAUCUUGAGGGAAAAUUGAUAGCAUCAUGGGUUGCUUCUAGCGGUCCUCUGUUAAAAUUUGCCGUCGGGGAUGAUUAUAUUUUUAGCUUGGCUACUCAUGGUGGUAUACGUGGUUGGAGCAUCACAUCCCCGGGAUCUGUUGACAAUUUAAUAAGAUCAGAACUUACAGAAAAAGAGGCAGCAUAUGCGAGAAGAAGUGAUGUCAGAAUAUUAAUUGGAACUUGGAAUGUUGGUCAAGGCAGAGCCUCUCAUGAGUCACUUAUGAUGUGGCUGGGUUCUGUUUCCUCAGAUGUUGGCAUUAUUGCGGUGGGUUUGCAAGAAGUAGAAAUGGGGGCAGGGUUCCUUGCGAUGUCUGCAGCCAAGGAAACUGUAGGACUUGAAGGGAGUGCUAUUGGGCAGUGGUGGCUAGACACAAUAGGAAAGGCCUUAGAUGAAGGAAAAACUUUUGAACGCAUGGGUUCUAGGCAGCUAGCAGGCUUGCUCAUUUCUCUUUGGGUAAGAAAAGACCUCAGAACACAUGUUGGGGACGUUGAUGCUGCAGCAGUUCCUUGUGGCUUUGGUCGUGCAAUUGGUAACAAGGGAGGUGUAGGUUUGAGAAUCAGAGUGUAUGACAGGACUAUUUGCUUUGUGAACUGUCAUCUGGCUGCACACUUGGAAGCAGUCAACCGGCGCAACGCUGAUUUUGAUCACAUUUACAGAAAUAUGGCGUUCGGUCGAUCAACAAAUACUCAUAAUACUGCAGCUGGUGUCACAACUGCUCACAUGGUUAAGGGUUCAAAUGCUCCUACUGCCACUAAUGAAGAAGGAAGACCUGAUUUGGCUGAAGCAGAUAUGAUUAUAUUCUUUGGUGAUUUUAAUUACCGGCUUUUUGGUAUAUCUUAUGAUGAAGCAAGAGACUUUGUUUCACAAAGAUGCUUUGAUUGGCUAAGAGAAAAGGAUCAGCUCAGGGCUGAGAUGAAAGAAGGCAAAGUUUUCCAAGGCAUGCGUGAAGCUAUCAUAACAUUUCCUCCAACUUAUAAGUUUGAAAGACAUCGUCCUGGUUUAGCAGGAUAUGAUUCGGGGGAGAAAAAGCGAAUUCCAGCCUGGUGUGACAGAGUUAUAUAUCGUGACAAUCGGCCGGGUGCAACAGCUGAAUGCAGUUUGGAUUGCCCUGUGGUCUCAUCAAUUAUACUGUAUGACGCUUGCAUGGAUGUGACUGAGAGUGAUCACAAACCUGUACACUGUAAAUUCCAUGUUAAAAUUGCCCAUGUCGAUAGAUCAGAAAGAAGACAAGUGUUCUAUGAUAUUUUAAGAUCUAAUGAAAAGUUCAUCAAGUCAAAGCUUGAUGUUACGUUAUGUUCCGGAAACGACAGUGAGCACUGACAACAUAGUCCUUCAAAACCAGGAUACAUGUGUUCUAAGAAUCAACAAUACUACAAAGGACAUUGCCAUAUAUAGAAUCAUUUGUGUAAGUCAGCCACUCUCAAGGAGGAUGGUGGCGAUACAGCUGAUCAUCGCUUAAGAGGCUCCUAUGGUUUCCCCCGAUGGCUUGAGGUCACACCAGCAGCAGGAGUAAUCAAACCUGAAAAUUAUGCAGAGGUAUCAGUACAUCAUGAAGAAUUCCAUACCUUAGAAGAGUUUGUUGAUGGCAUUCCGCAGAACUGGUGGUGUGAAGACACCAAAGAUAAGGAAGUGUUAUUGGAGGUGUUAGUCGAAGGCUGUUGCUCAACUGAAACUGUACGACACCAGAUUCGUGUACGCCACUGCUUGUCAGCCAGGACUGUACGCAUAGACAAAAAAUCAAAUGGUUCAAAGAAACAUGGAAGUUCGGAUUCAAAUGAUUCAAAGAAACAGGGAAGUUCAGAUACAAAUGGUUCAAAGAAACAUGAAAGUGCAGAUUCAAAUGAUUCAAAGAAAAAUGGAAGUUCAGAUCCAAACGAUUCAAAGAAACAUGGAAGUUCAGAUCCAAACGAUUCAAAGAAACAUGGAAGUUCAGAUUCAAUUGGUUCAAAGAAACAUGAAAGUUCAGAUUCAAAUAGUUCAAAGAAACAUGGUAGUUCAAAUUCACAAGAUUCAAAGAAACAUGAAAGUUCAGAUUCAACUGGUUCAAAGAAACAUGGUUCAAAGAAACACGAAAGUUCAGAUUCAAAUAGUUCAAAGAAACAUGAAGGUUCAGAUUCAAAUAAUUCAAAGAAACAUGGAAGUUCAGAUUCACAUGGUUCAAAGAAACACGAAAAUUCAGAUUCAAAUACUUCAAAGAAACAUGGGAGUUCAGAUUCACAUGGUUCCAGGAAACCUGAAAGUUCAGAUUCAAAUACUUCAAAGAAACAUGGAAGUUCAGAUUCACACGGUUCCAAGAAACCUGAAAAUUCAGAUUCAAAUACUUCAAAGAAACAUGAAAGUUCAGAUUCAAAUAGUUCAAAGAAACAUGAAAAUUCAGAUUCAAAUAGUUCAAAGAAACAUGAAAGUUCAGAUUCAAAGAGCUCAAAGAAACAUGGAAGUUCAGAUUCACAUGGUUCAAAGAAACACGGAAGUUCAGAUUCAAAGGGUUCAAAGAAACACGGAAGUUCAGAUUCAAAGGGUUCAAAGAAACAUGGAUCUUCCUCAGAUAAAAAGGACAUAUGAUGAUCGAUGCUAGAACAUUAACGAACACUGUUAGUAUAUAUAAAACUAGACGCAUCAAAUGAGUAUAAUCAAAGGGCUCCAGUCAAGAGUCCUGAUGUAUAUACUAAUUGAAGCGUGGUCACCGUUGGCCUCAACAACACUAGCCAGGUUUGAAUUGCUCACCAUUUUUUGCUUACUAGCAUCUGAUACAAAACAAUUCUAUAAUUCUUCCCAGCAUAUCUAUGUUUUUAGCUAAAACACAUUGGUAUUUUGUGAUAUACUUGAAUUUUUUCAGAAGGGUUGCAACAAAAUGUAGAAAGCAAGCUGAAGAAACAUGCUUGUUUCUUACUUUCUGUAGUAUACAUGAUUGUAUGUAUGCAUGUUUCUAUCUAUACAAAAUCUCAUUUACUUUUUCUAUCA